AUGGAAUGGUCAAAGUGGAUAAAACACUUGUUAAACUUUUGUAAAUGGUGUUUGGUAAGUUGUAAUGUUCUAUGUACUCUUUAAAAUGCAAUUAUAUUUUUGCCAGCAGAGCGCUGGGGACUCCUGCCCAAAAAAAAAUUUUUCGAAAAAAGUUCAACUUGGCUCUCCUGUGAAUUUUUGGAAAAAAACAUAUCCCAAAAAAUCGGCAUAGGUAGCACCUGAGCCGAUUUUUACGACCCCCGCCCCAGACUAAAAGUCCCCACUCGCCCCUGUUUGCCAGUGCCGAGGUGAUUUCAGCCUGUGAAUCUAUAAAAACAUCAGCCUAUGAGUAAUUAAAUGCCUUAUUAAAACUAAAAAACAGUAUCACGUACCCUGAGCCACACCCCCCCCUCUCCAAACAACUUCCCUUGCGUACACAUAACCUCUUAAAACUUUUUUGACGGAGGAUUGGUAUCUGCUCCCUAGUGACAAUUUGUAAACAUGUUUUAUCCCUUUACCUGAUUUUUUACAAAAAUUAAUUUUUUUUUGCAUUUCAGACGGCCUGGAUUAUAGAAAGCGUGUUGGAGUAUGUGGAAUCGACUGAAAAAACAAUUUACGAUACCAUUUUCAACUUUGUUUUAGCGUUCUUCAUAUUUAUUGGUUUAAGACGAUACUUGAAUAAAGUAGAAGAUGGAGGAGCGAAAGAGAAAGAAAAGAACGAAUUGACAGACCAGCCCAAUGAGAAGGAAGAAGGGUAAGUGAUACAUUUUAAAAGAGUAAUUUCAAAUUAAAAACAAGAAAUUAAAGUAAACAACAAAUUUAAACAGCUGCAAACUAUCUUUGAAUUAAAAGUACCCCCGUCCGUAGCUAUGGCUUUAGUCAUAAUAUAUAUAAUCUGGCUUUAACCUCAGCCCUAAGUCGUUAGCCGUAACUCUAGCCUGCAAAAAACGCCAUAGUCAAGUCCCAGGCUUUAGCCUAGCCAGAGCUAUAGUCUAAGCCAUAGCCUAAACCAUAGAUUGAGCCAUAGCCUAAGCCCUAGCCUAAGCCAUAGCCUAAGCCAUAGCCUAAGCCAUAGCCUAAGCCAUAGCCUAAGCCAUAGCCUAAGCCAUAGCCUAAGCCAUAGCCUAAGCCAUAGCCUAAGCCCUAGCCUAAGACCUAGCCUAAGACCUAGCCCUAGCCUAAGCUUAAGCCCUAGCCUAAGCCCUAGCCUAAGCCCUAGCCUAAGCCCUAGCCUAAGCCCUAGCCUAAGCCCUAGCCUAAGCCCUAGCCUAAGCCCUAGCCUAAGCCCUAGCCUAAGCCCUAGCCUAAGCCAUAGCCUAAGCCAUAGCCUAAGCCAUAGCCUAAGCCCUAGCCUAAGCCCUAGCCUAAGCCCUAGCCUAAGCCAUAGCCUAAGCCAUAGCCUAAGCCAUAGCCUAAGCCAUAGCCUAAGCCAUAGCCUAAGCCAUAGCCUAAGCCCUAGCCUAAGCCCUAGCCUAAGCCCUAGCCUAAGCCCUAGCCUAAGCCCUAGCCUAAGCCCUAGCCUAAGCCCUAGCCUAAGCCCUAGCCUAAGCCCUAGCCUAAGCCCUAGCCUAAGCCCUAGCCUAAGCCCUAGCCUAAGCCCUAGCCUAAGCCCUAGCCUAAGCCCUAGCCUAAGCCCUAGCCUAAGCCCUAGCCUAAGCCCUAGCCUAAGCCCUAGCCUAAGCCCUAGCCUAAGCCCUAGCCUAAGCCCUAGCCUAAGCCCUAGCCUAAGCCCUAGCCUAAGCCCUAGCCUAAGCCCUAGCCUAAGCCCUAGCCUAAGCCCUAGCCUAAGCCCUAGCCUAAGCCCUAGCCUAAGCCCUAGCCUAAGCCCUAGCCUAAGCCCUAGCCUAAGCCCUAGCCUAAGCCCUAGCCUAAGCCCUAGCCUAAGCCCAAGCCUAAGCCCUAGCCUAAGCCCUAGCCUAAGCCCUAGCCUAAGCCCUAGCCUAAGCCCUAGCCUAAGCCCUAGCCUAAGCCCUAGCCUAAGCCCUAGCCUAAGCCCUAGCCUAAGCCCUAGCCUAAGCCCUAGCCUAAGCCCUAGCCUAAGCCUAAGCCCUAGCCUAAGCCUAAGCCCUAGCCUAACAAGAGAAUGUUACAAACUACUCUACGCCAAUUAUAAAACGAGUUAUACCGUUGGAAAGAGCGUUAAAAAGUAGUCUAGAAUCAACUUUUAUUAGCUUCCGAAACCAUGUGGCACGGCAGCUACACCUCGUUAUAUAUAAUUAUAUGUUUAAAAGGUAUACCUUUAAAGUUCAAAAAAUACUAUUUUUUGAUAAAUAUUUUUUUCUAAAAGUGACUAAAAGCAAAAAAUAGAACUUAAAAAAUAUUUGUUUAACCAAAAUAUUGUUUGGCUAGCCAAAACUUCUUGUCAUGAUGGCUGGGCGCCAAAAUGAAAUCGACGGGAUUCGAACUCCCCGCCUUUUACCCCAGACUAACUUGUUAACCACUCCACCACACUGGAUCGUAGCUUCGAUCCAUUCGUUUUGCUCAAGACGAAUGAGAAGAGUCAAAUAGAAAACCCUAUGUAAAUCCUUUGAUCGCUAAUAUAUGCCGUGCCAUAUAGUUUCGGCAGCUAAAAAAAGCUGAUUCUAGACUAAUUUUUGACGCUCUUUCCAACGGUAUAACUCGUUUUAUAAUUGGCGUGGAGUAGUUUGUAACAUUCCCUUGUAAGCCCUAGCCUAAGUCAUAGCCUCAGUCCUAGCCUAAGCCCUAGCCUAAGCCCUAGCCUAAGCCCUAGCCUAAGCCCUAGCCUAAGCCCUAGCCUAAGCCUAAGCCCUAGCCCAAGCCCUAGCCCAAGCCCAAGCCCAAGCCCUAGCCCUAGCCUAAGCCCUAGCCUAAGCCCUAGCCUAAGCCCUAGCCUAAGCCCUAGCCUAAGCCCUAGCCUAAGCCCUAGCCUAAGCCCUAGCCUAAGCCCUAGCCUAAGCCCUAGCCUAAGCCCUAGCCUAAGCCUUAGCCUAAGCCCUAGCCUAAGCCUUAGCCUAAGCCCUAGCCUAAGCCCUAGCCUAAGCCCUAGCCUAAGCCCUAGCCUAAGCCCUAGCCUAAGCCCUAGCCUAAGCCCUAGCCCUAGGUCUAGCAGAAGCUGUAUUUCUAGCUUUUCUCCUAGCCUUAGCCCUAAUCCUUGUCUAAGCUUUAGCCGGGGCUUGUUUGAAUCCUAAAUCGAUUGUUUUAGCUCUAGUUCUUCCUCUAGACGUAGCCCUAGCCCUUGAUCUGCCAUACGAUAUCCGAAAAUCAUUAACUACCAACUCUAAAAUUCACCACGCCGCCGAAAAAUCAAAAAAUUGUUUUUAAAAUAAAAUUUGAAAACUAAUAAAAAGCUACUAUUUUUGCAAAAAAGCGAAUAGCCUAUAGCCUUAGUUCCAGUCAAAAACUCCAGUCCAUUAUUAUUAUCGUUCCUGACCCUACAUUCUAAACAUACAAAAUUAAUUUUUUUAUUAAAAUUAUUACAAAAAAAAAUUUUCAGUACCAAAAAAGCGGUUGAAAACGUCACAAAAGUUGGGAAAGCCAUUAAAACUGCAGACACUCGACCAACCUCGCUCCAUGAACGCAUCAAAGAAACGACAGAAGAAUUAAAAACUGGGGAAGAAAAGCUGGAACUGAGAAUAACAGAAAAAAUGCUUGAAGAAACCAUUCAACAAAAAGACAAAGCUUUACGACACUUAACAGAAGAUAACGCAAAGCUUUCAAAGUCAUUAGCAGAACUUCAAAAAAAUUUUGAAUCAAAGGUAUCAGAAGCCGAUGAUUUCAAGAACAGAUUGCAAGUGAGUUUGAAAGACCUGCAUUGUCAAAAACAAAUGUUUAUGUCACAAAGGAGCUUGAUUGUAAAAAACUGGAGCGAGAACGAAAAACUGAGAUGCGAAAACCAAAAGCUUAAAUGUGCCAUUGAAAAACUGAAACAGGAAGCGAACCAAGAAACAGUUCAAAAACGGAAUGAAGUAGAGAAGAAACAUCAGGAAGAAUGUAAUAAAUAUAAAGAAGAAGCAGAGAAGCAUCAAGAAAAGGUGAAAAAACUGGACGCUGAAUUAAAGGAUUACCGUGAAAAAUUCGAUAAAGAGUGCCGUGCAUCAAGAGAAUAUGACAACAAGCUACGAGCUAAAGAAUCUUUGUAAGUUUUUCAAAUUAUCAUAAGCAUACAGUGGAACUCCUGUAUAACAAAUCGCUCGGAAACUUGAAAUUUGUUCGUUAUAGAUCAGUUCGUUGUACAGGAGUUCCACUGCAUUUAUUUUAUAAAUAUGCCUUCUGUCCCUUAAGCUUUCCUACAUUUUUUAAAUGUUCCGCUUUUUAAAAAUUUUAAAAAACUUCUUCCUAUAAAGCAACACUUUCCAAAAAAUAUUUAAAUAUUGAUAAUUUCAGAAUCAUGAAACUUGAAAGAAAACACAUCUGGACAGUUAUCGAACUUGAUCAACUCAAGCAAAAGCAUGGCCUUAAAAAUUAUUCAGCACGAGCGCCAUUGGGUGAACUGCCUCUAGAGUUUUUUGAUAACGAAGCACAAGAGAAGAAACAAAAGAAGAAGAUAUCGAAACGCUGA